AUGGAUUAUAGAGAGAGCUUCCUUGAUAGAAGAGGUCAUGAAACGUCCUUGCCGCAGGAGGUUGAGUCGGGGUCCAAUAUUGAGUAUAAGCUCAAGUUGAUUGAUCCGCCGCCUGAGAGGCUGGAGCAUCUAAUCACGCAGAUGAAGUGGAGACUCGCUGAAGGUUCAGGCGAAGCAAUGUACGAGAUUGGUGUUGCUGACUCGGGCAAGCUUGUCGGCCUCUCCGAAACAGAACUAUCAGCCUCCCUAAACACGUUAAGAACAAUGGGCGACCGACUAGCUGCCGAAGUCUUUGUAAUCAGACAACGGGAUGUCGUUGGCGAUACAGGACACGUCCGUAAAGUCGCUGAAGUGCUAGUUCGCAAACGAUUGACUGACGACCAGCACUUUCUCGAAGUACGAAUCGCCGUAUUGGGAGCGUUCGAUACUGGUAAAUCCACUCUAUUGGGCGUAUUCUCAAACGGAGAGCUGGAUAACGGCCGUGGUAAAGCACGACUGAAUCUCUUACGACAUCUACACGAGAUCCAGUCUGGUAGAACCUCUUCAGUCGCCCGCCAAAUCAUUGGAUUUAGCCCGAGUGGUGAACUCAUCAAUUACGCUACAAAUAAUAUAAACUCGUGGGAGGAUAUUUGUGAGAAUUCGUCAAAAAUCUUGACGUUUCUGGACUUGUGUGGACAUCCCAAGUAUCAGCGCACGACGAUUUCUGGGUUGACGGGACAUGCACCCGAUUAUGCGUGUCUUAUAGUAGCUGCUUCUGAUGGUCGGUUGAGUGAAGUCUCUCGUGAACAUCUGGGAACGGCUGUAGUUUUGGCAGUGCCUGUAUUCGUAGUGCUCACUAAGAUUGAUCUUGCAACGCCAUCACAGUUAACGAAAACGGUCGAAUCGCUCUUGUCUGUGCUUAAGGCCCCAGGCAUCAGACGAGUUCCUGUAGUCGUUCAGAAUGAGGAUGACCUUGUCGUAGCGGUCUCCAACUUUGUAUCCUCUCAAGUAAUCCCAAUCUUCCUAACAUCUAGCGUAACGGGAGAGAAUAUGCAGCUAUUGACUCAAUUCCUCAACCUACUACCAAAACCAGUCCGAGACUAUGACGCACUGCUACAACAGGAUCCCGAAUUCCAAGUAGAAGAAUUAUAUUCCGUACCUCAAGUUGGGUGUGUCGCAGCUGGUAUAUUACGAACAGGUCGUAUCUCCGUCUCGAGAAUCGAAGCACAUAAAGUAUACUAUAUAGGGCCUGAUCGUGGACGAUUUAUACCUUGCAAAGUAAACUCGAUUCACCGUCAACGGAUUGCAGUACAGGAAGUCAAGGCUUCGCAGGUUGCUACGUUGGCCGUGUCAUUCACUGCUUCAGUAGAUGCUUCUGAGCAGCAGGAAGGAGGGACGAAUGCUCGUGAAAUUGAUUGUACGCAGCCACCGACUGGAUUUCGAUUACGUAAAGGGCAGGUUAUCCUCAGCGAACCUAUGGAUAAUGCAAUUCCUAAAGCUGUAUGGGAAUUCGAGGCUGAAAUCUCUGUCUUGAAUGCACCUGUUGGAUUAAAUGUUGGAAUGCAGGGAACAAUGUAUUGUGGAACCAUUAGGCAACUCACUCGUAUCGUCCGUAUCGUGAUGCCGAACGGUGAAUCCUCAUCCUCAUCUCCUACUAGACUUGCCGAUACUGCUUUAAGGAUAGAUCAGCCCAAGGUAGCACUCAAGACUGGAAAGAAGGGAGUAGUUAGGUUUAGGUUUUCGCACGAGCCCGAGUGGGUCAAGCCUGGAUGGAUUGUCUUGUUUAGGGAAGGGAGACUGAAGUGUGUAGGAAAAGUGUCUGAAAUCUUUAUUUCUGAAACCUCAUCCGAGUCUGAGCAACGAUAG